UAUUCAAUCGUUUUGUGUUGCAACGCCUUUUAAUUUUCAGGGUUUUAAAUUGUCUAAAGAUUGCAUAUAAUGGAUAUUUAAGAGCAUGGGUAAUGUUCAGUAUUACUGUUUCCUCACAAAUAUUAUAUUAACUAAAAUGAAAAUUUGCAAAUCUGAAACAACUUUUUUUUAAUUUUGUCAAUUUACCAAAAUGUGAGAAGGCCCCUUUAAUAAUUAGGCCCUAGUUAAUUCUGAAAAAUAAUUCUUUUUUUGGACAUAAACCUCUUGUCUGACCAUGUUAGCAUUCUGUAUGGUGCAGAAUACUCAGUAUAAUUCGUCCAUCAUAAAAACUGUGUAUAAAUGUAAGAAUGGCAUUCAUAGAAAUGUUUUAUUCUUGACUCCAUGCUUAACUGUAUUCCAUCUUAACCCUUUCACUGAAUUUUAAAGGCCUUUGCAAACAGUUUGGAUCCAGAUGAGACGCCACAGAACGUGGCGUCUCAUCUGGAUCCAAACUGUUUGCUAUUCUGAUAGUAUUCUUUGAAAAAAAUUCGAAGAAAAUGCUAAUUUUAGAAAUUCAACAGACGACAUUUUAGCAGACGACAAAUUUCCCAGCAUGCAAAGGGUUAAGCCCAAUUAUUCACAGAGUGUGGCUCAAUUUAAUUCCAUGCAAUAGAAUCCAACAACACUGCAAUACAAAUGAAGUACAAUAUGUCAUACAAUAUACAAUACAGUGCAAAACAAUUUACAAAACAAUAUACACUUCAUUUUACAAUACAAUGUACAAUAAGAUACAAAGUUUAGAAUUUAAAUAUCAUUUUCAUGCCCCUGAAGGUGGACAUAUAGUGAUCUGUCUAUCUGUUCUUCUGUCAUACUUUUGCGUUAAGGUUUUGAAAAAUGCUCAUAACUUUUAUGUCCCUUGAGAUAUAACCUUCAUAUUUGGUAUGCAUUUGUAUAUGGACAGCCAUUCCAUACACACACAAAUUUUGACCCCUGUGACCUUGACUUUGAACUUGGGGUCCGCGUUUAGGUUUCGAAAUCUGCGUUUAGGUUUCGAAAAAUGCUCAUAACUUCUAUCGAAGCGUUUAUAGGGGGCAUAUGUCAUCCUAUGGUGACAGCUCUUGUUUAUAUUAUUUUGGCUUGAAUUAAGAGUUCUAUAUUUAGCCCAAAUUAUUUAACCCAUAUCAUUAAAAACUGAUCCAAAGGUGACUGGCUACAAAAAAUCUUUGUAUUAAUGAAAUUACUUUUUUGGUCAACAUAAAGUAAAAACAAGCAAAUUAUUAAAAGUUUGAUGUAAUUUUUUUCAUGAAUUUUAAAUACAGCAAAAUUAUUGUUUGUUUGGAUUUUAUUCACUGCACAUUCAUAAUGCCAGACAUAAAAGUAGUAUUUGUACCAAGCCAGGCAAUUUCUGAUAAAAUAUGAUCAUGUCUAAAAUGGCUAAUAUUGCUAAUGAAUAUGGUGAUUUUGUAUAAUAAAAAUUAUUUCUAUAUAACUAUUCUGUUUCAUUCAAAAUACGGAAUUUUAUUUGAAUGUGAGCUCCACAGGUAUCAUGAUGUAUUAUUUUAUUUUUCUAUUUACCACCCUAAAGUUGGUGACAAUGGCGUUGAAGCAAGUGGAGGAGCGAUAGGCUUCGAACAACACCAAAAACCAGGACCGUCAUCUAGUGGUUACAUUCCCCAGACCGGCCCCUAUAUACCCAGCCCCACAGGCAGCACCCAUAAUCUGCCCACACCAAACAGUCACAUCCCCGGGGGACCCCCAAUUGGAGCCCAUGCCCCACCCACCACCCCACAGGAGCCCAAUCAUGGGGCAAAGGCUCCACCCUCCCAGCCCUUGCCUGCUGCUACUGCUUGGAAGCCACCAAAACCAACAGAGGGUGUGAAAUUAGGGACCCAGGAGUACCAAAGACCGAUGAAACUGUGCAAAUUCGCCAGCAGCGCGUUACAGUACGAGGACGCGAACACUGCCAUAGACAAUCUUACCAAGGCUCUGAGUCUUCUGACAACUGGGAAAGAGACAUAGGGACUGUGAUUUAAUGGUGUCAUUUAAUAAGUUGAUCAAAAACAUGAUCUUGGACAGGUUAAAAUUGUGAUGUUUUGUGUAUUUAUUUUUGUUUUUAUAGUGUGAUGUAUUUUUAUAUAGGUUCUGAGAAAUGAUUCAUGUAUUAAUAAAAUUAAGAACAAAAAUAAAUAAAUAUGUAUAUAUGUGA